UGUUGUGAACGGAAAUCAGACCGGUCGUCCUCUGAGCUGAGCUUUCAGUCGCCCUUCAGCAGAGAAAGAUUGCGUUUCUUGCCAAACAGACCCGGUGCCAACAUUAAACCAUGGCGGCGACAAUUGCACGGAAAGCUAUUGACCAUCUGAAGAGCAAAGAGUUCAGGGAUUAUUUGACAAGCACCCAUUUCUGGGGACCUGUCGCAAACUGGGGUCUUCCCAUAGCCGCCAUCACAGAUAUGAAGAAGAGCCCUGAGAUUAUCAGUGGCAGGAUGACCUUCGCUCUGACCUGCUACUCACUGCUCUUCAUGAGGUUCGCCUACAAGGUUCAGCCACGCAACUGGCUUCUGUUUGCUUGCCAUUUGACCAAUGAGUCAGCACAACUAAUCCAGGGAGGUCGUCUCAUCAAAUACAAGAUGGAGAAGAAGAAGCAAUCGUAGUGGCAGAGUGGAGCUGAUGCAGAGCGAUCGCUGUGGAACUCUGCUGCUUCAACACUCACGUAAACCUGGAUAUCAAAAAUCAAAAGCAUCCAAACAUCUUAUCUAAUCUAAACAGUGGCACUUUCACCAUGUUUUUUUAACCUAUUGUUACAGUGGUUCCUCACCCUCAUGAAUUUUUCAUUCACUUUUAAUACACAGAGAGAGAGAAAAGCAGAUGCUUUUCCUCCAAGAAGAUAGGUCAACUGCUGUGUUUUUUUAGGGGGGGGAUUGCAACAUUCAAUUUCAACGCACAUAGACAAACAGAAAUAGGAUGUGGCGAAUGUAUACUCCGCUAAAUAGCGUGAUAAUUUGCUGCCUUGUACAAUUUAGUCAUCAUUCAUCUCCUUUAAGGUCAUGGGAAUUGUUAUUUUUAUUACUUUCUUAUCUGCUUAGUAAUUUAAAUAAUAAUAUUAUUUGAAAGAGACCUUACCCUAAAGUCAGUUUAUGGUGUCCACACGAUGACAGAUUAUCACUUGCCAAACAUGUGGACUUUAAUCCGUUAACCUUCUCGUGAACACAGAGUACACGCGGGGAGCAAAGCUUUUUGUUUGUUGUGCAAAAUGUUAUGCUGUAAAAAUAAAACCGUGUGUCUAGAGCUUCCAAUUCGACACGGUUUGAUGAAAGUAUAAUAAUUAAGACUAGCUGAUUAGGUCAGUGCUGACCAAACUGUACUGUGUGUCAUCAUAUGUAGUCCACAAUAAUUUAUUGCCAUUGUUUGAUCUAAAUAAUUUUUUCCUGAUAAAUGAUUCUUUGGGUUUGUUCAAAUAAACUGUCUAAAAGAAACUCGAACAUAA